GAAAUGGCUGAAUUAUAUAUAUAAAAAUAAUGAAUAAUUGAUAUAUACUACAAAGGCCAAUAAUAAUUUAUAAUCGGGCCUUCAGCGUUACGGAUCUAAAAAGGUGGCCCAGCCCGAUUCCAGAUUCGGGCCAUUUUUGGUCGGGUCGAGAUCGAGAGCUCAUUUUUUGCGCAAAACAAAACAUUCCGAAAUUCCCGAACCCCAAACAUGAUACUCUGCUCCCUCGCUGACUUCUACUUCUAAUCCUCUCUCUCUCUCUCUCAUCAGUCUUCCCAAACCGCAAUCCCCACUCACAUUUCGGAGCCAUGAACAAUCUAAACUCACUCAUGAACCAGCACCAAAUGUCGUCGCUCCAUGAAAUUCACGAUCACUCACAAUUCGAUCCGCCGUCGUCGCACGACGAGUUCCUCCACCAAAUGCUAUCCACCACUUCCCCGGCCUCCGCCUUCCCUUGGGGCGGCGACGACCAGCAGCAUCAGAUCAGCAGCGCUAGAGCCAUGCUGCUCCAGCAGCAUCAGCUGCUGCUCUCCCGCAGCCUCGCCGCCGCGAACGAUCUCCGCUCUCCGACGGAAGCCGACCCCGGCUUCUUCCCCCUCCCCCGAGACGAUCGCGACGACGUCGUCGACGGCCCCUCCUUCAAGCCUGCUAUCGCGGAAAAUGAUGCAUCCAUUAAAGCUCUAUUCAAUGGCUUCACGGGUUCCCUAGGUCAAACAACAAAUCAGGAUCAGCAUUUCCCUCACUCUCAGACUGAUAGUUUUGGAGUCUCGGCGUCUGCGGCGGCGAGCCAGCCGUCGGCGGCUGGACAACCUCGGCAGCGGGUGAGGGCCAGGCGAGGGCAGGCCACCGACCCUCACAGUAUUGCUGAAAGGUUGAGGAGGGAGCGAAUUGCGGAGAGAAUGAAGGCUUUACAGGAGCUUGUACCUAAUGCUAACAGGACAGACAAAGCCUCAAUGUUGGAUGAAAUCAUCGACUAUGUCAAAUUCCUACGGCUCCAAGUCAAAGUACUGAGCACGAGCAGAUUAGGCGGAGCUGCAGCUGUCGCCCCACUACUUGGUGAUGCAUCCUCUCAGGGGAAGAAGGGAGAGAAGGAAGGAAUGGCGACGGCGGAACAGAAGGUGGCGAAGCUUCUGGAAGAAGACAUGGGUUCGGCGAUGCAAUAUCUUCAGGGGAAGGGUCUUUGCCUGAUGCCUAUUUCUCUGGCCACCUCCAUCUCCUCCUCCUCCACCCAAACCUCUACUUAACCAUCUCUGCUCCUUCAAAUAUGCUACUUUCAUGCACUUCAUUUCCUGCACAUUUUUUUAUUACUAUUCCCUUUUUGAAGCCUAACUUCAUCAAACAUCGCAACUACUGAGUAAUAUCACCAAAUUUCAUAAUACAAUCACAUGCACUUCACGUUUAAACUGUAUUAAUUUAAUUAUCUUCGAAAUAUAUAUAUCCCACUUGGACUA